AGAUAUAAACCGCCCAUUCAAAAUUUUUCGUCGUCUUCUUCGCGAAAAACUCUCAAGAACCCUAGGCCUUUCUCUCUCAAAUUCUCACUCAAAUUUCUGAGAAAAUGAAGGUUGUCGGUGCAAAUGUCCACUUCCAGAAGUUAGAAGCCAAGUGCUCGUCACCAACAUUCUUUCAAAGCUAUCUGGAAAUGAUAGCCGCUCAAGAACUCUCCGAAUUUCUUCAAAUGGAAAUUCGCCUCAAAUUCGAGGAAGAAGUUCUUGAAUUCUACAGAAAUGGAGAGGUCAAGACUGCUCAUUCAAAGAAGGACCCACAGAGGACGUUUCCGGUCAUCAAGUCCACUGUUGGAGGUACGAAAGUGAAGCUUUCGCAGAAGAAAUUGGGAGAAAAGCUUCGCCUUCCCAAUUCUGGAGUUGAAAUCGGGAAAUUUCCAGCCAAAAAUCUGGACUGGAACAUCAUUGGAAUCUCUGGGCAAAUUCCUUCUGGUCCAGCGAAGAAAGCAGAUCUAAACAACGAUUACAAGUUGGUUUUGGAACUGGUCAUCGCCUGCCUCGAAUGUGGAAGUGGAGGUCAUGCCGAUGACAUCACCCAGGAGAGAGCCUUCAUCAUCAACUCUCUCAUUACCAAAACUAAGGUAAACUGGGUUGCACACUUUUUCAAAUCCAUUUCAAAACAUCUAGGAAAGCACAAUCAGAAGUAUCUCUGUCAAGGUCUGUAUAUUGGACAUAUCUUGGAAUCUAUGGGCGCUGCAGUUAAAGGGAAAAAGUAUGAAAACUACUUAUCCUCCAAAGGAGAAAACAGAGCUAGUGCUAGUGCCACUGCAGAAGAAAGCUCAUCAGACAAUGUUCCACUCAUCCAUAUGGCAAAAACUGCCAAAAGGAAGCAAGUGGUGUCUCCCUCAAUUAGUAUUGAAGCACCACAGAACCUUGCUCUGGUCAGUGUGGAAGAAGCAGAAGAAGUCUCUGACCAUGGAGAACUUCAAAGGAAGAAGAAGAGGAAGAUCAACUCUCCAUCAACAUCUAGAAAUGUCAAUCCGGAUGAGUUGAAGGAUAAGGAACCUGCUGAGGAAACCUCUGCUCAAAACCGGAGCACUCAACAACUUGAAGAAGAAAUUCCUCAAGUCCAAAGCCUUCCAACCCCCUCACCUCAACCUCAAAUGGAUGAUGCUGAUAACCAAUUCUGGCAGCUCUACUAUGAUUGGAGAGCAUGGAAAGUUGGAAAUUCAGCAGAGCAACUGAUGGAUUGGGACCAACAGCUGAAGAAUGAGAAGAUCAUCAAGAAAUGCUUAGGAAUACCAGUCAACCAUAGCUGUGAAGAAAUCUUGGACGACUACUGGGUAACCAAUUUUCAUUUCCAUAGCUCUUCCACCCCUACCCUUCCGGAUAUUGUGCCGGAAAUCUGGACAAAGAAGGUCCAAGGGCUGAUUGAAUCAGCCCUAGCAUCUCAACAUGCCUCCUUUAGGCAAGAGAUAGAGCAAAUGGAAGCCAAGUACACCAAGCUUAUAGAGAAAUCUGAAGAGAAGCACAACACUGAUCUCAAAGAAAUAAGCAAAUCAGUGCACAAGACUCUGGAGAUUAUCUCUCUAUUGAGUGAAACUGUGAGCAACACGAUGGAAAUAUAUGCCUCUGACAGUCAACUUCAACUCAAAGAAAUCACCAACGUCAAGGAGCAAAUAGCAACAAAGAAAUCCGGAAAACUCAGCACAGCAUCUAUCCAGCUCAGACUGGAUGGAACAGAAUUUAUAGGUACAGUUGUUGACCACUUCUCAAAUGAUGCUCAAUCAGAAGAGAGACGUGAAAAUUUAAGGCGCAUCAAAGAACUGUGUGGGAACAUGAAGGGCAUCAGUGAGGUUGCCGGAUCUUCAAAACGCAAGAGAAACUGAAGGUUCUUUUCAUCAAACCAGGGGGAAAAGCUUUCUCCAGUUUCGAUCCCGUCGCCCCCAUCUCAGUUCAUAUGCGAAUAUAGCUAUCUAUAAUCGUAUCCUUAUCGUUCUGAAUUGAUUUGUAUGUACGGAGUAUAUGAUGCCCUGACCGGAACCGCGCGGCUCUUCGCAGAUUUCCUCGCCGAAAAACCAGAAAAAUGUGAAAACCAGGCUUGGCGAUGUAGAAGAACGGUGAAAAAUGCUCAAAAUCCCUCUGAAAUGUUAUAACUUUCUACCACUCUGUUCAGUCUAUUAAUUUUGGUUUGUCCACUUUGAAAGAGCAUUGGAACCUUAAAAUUAGAUUGAUGGAACAUAAUUCUUGAAGCCUCAGGGUUCCUGAUCAAAUAUCAAAUAAGGUGGGUUAUUAAAUUUCUCUGUAAUUU